AUGGAAUGGCCCAGUAAGAAUAUUCCUAAAGGUGGUUUCUUACAACCAGCCAAAUGCAAAUAUACUCCCGAAAAACAUGAAUUCAUUAAACUUUUGGUACAAGAAAGUAAAAUGACUCUUUCACAAAAUAAGAAAAACAAUUACUUUUUGCGUACCGGCGAGCCUUUUCCUUCAAAAUCUAAAAUCCGUCACCAGCUGCCGGAAGUAACUAUAAGACCGGGUAGUUCGAAGAAACGAUCCAAGAAUGACAUAGUAAAUUCCGGAGUUUACGAAAGAGAACGGUAUGUACCACGACCUUGUUUAUUUGACAGGGAAAAAGAGAAGGAGAAACUACAGAACAAGAUGGCAUUCAACGGAGAGAUAGUGGUCAAAAAAUCCAAAGUCAUAGAGAAAAAAGUUAAUCAGGAAACAAAACAAGAAGUGAAUAGAUUUGAUCAAUUGGUACAAGAAAUUAAGGAACGUGAAGAGUGGCUUGAAGAAAUGGAUCGACUCGGACAGGGUGAUAAAUAUAGACAAAUUAUAGAAUUGCAGAUUCAAGAAAAAGUUCGGGAAAUGAAUAGAAUGAAAUGUGCAAGUUAA